GUGUCUUCCCUCUUCUCCUGGCCAUUUAUGCACACUAUGUAUAAAUCAAAAAUCUAAAAGAAACUCAAUUUUCAAAAGAACUUGUUAAAAAUACUACAUGGCUACUGUACCCAACACCUUCUGUCUCCCCCUCACCCCAUUCCCUAUACAACGCCGGCGCAACCACCGGCUCUUACUCCACCGUUCCAAUGGACCUCCUCAGUUCUCCAUCUCAACAUCACAACUAUUUCGUCCACAAUUUGUUAAUUGCCGGAAACUGAAGCGGUCCGUCAUAUCUUCGGCUUAUAUUACAGGCCCUGCUUUUGAUGCUUUUGUUUCAGAAAACGACCCUAAAUUUGAAGAAUCGGAUGAUAGUUUAGUCGCGGUUCAGCCAAUUGAAGUUAUCCGUUGGGGCUUUAUAUGGAAACUUGUUUCUCGGCACAAGUUGAAGCUCCUUGCUUCUGUUUUCUCUCUUGUCGUCUGCACCACUUGUUCUCUUUCCCUGCCUUUACUUUCCGGAAGAUUUUUUGAGGUACUUAUUGGAACAAGAACAGAUCCUCUGUUGGAACUGCUCAGCAAAGUGGGACUUCUAUAUACACUGGAGCCAAUUUUUACAAUUAUCUAUGUGGCGAACAUAACUUCCAUUUGGGAGAAGGUUAUGUCCAGCUUAAGGGCUCAAAUUUUUCGGAGAGUACUGAUUCAAAAGAUUGAAUUUUUUGACCGUUACAAGGUUGGUGAAUUAACAGCUCUAUUAACAUCUGAUCUGGGUUCUCUCAAAAAUAUUGUCAGUGAGAAUACUUCACGGGAUCGUGGUUUUAGGGCACUAUCAGAGGUGGUGGGAACAUUAUCCUUAUUGUUUGCUCUAUCUCCCCAACUUGCACCAAUUCUGGGCUUGCUCAUCCUUGCAGUGUCUAUUUUAGUCGCUCUGUUCAAGAGGUCAACUGUAAAUGUCUUCCAAGCUCAUGGACUGGUCCAAGCAUCAAUAGCUGAUUCUGUGACUGAAUCAUUUUCUGCCAUUCGCACUGUGAGGUCAUUUAGUGGGGAGAAGCGUCAGAUGUCAGUAUUUGCUCGCCAGGUACUUGAGUUUGAGAGUAGUAGCAUAAAGAUUGGAACCUUCAAAUCCUUCCAUGAGUCAGUGACGAGAGUGGCAAUUUAUAUCUCCUUGAUGGCUUUAUAUUGCCUUGGUGGAAGCAAAGUAAAGGCAGGUGAAUUAUCAGUGGGAAUUAUGGCUUCAUUUAUCGGAUAUACAUUUACAUUAACUUUCGCAGUUCAAGGCCUCGUAAAUACCUUUGGAGACCUUCGUGCAGCUCUUGCAGCAACUGAGAGAAUUAACUCAGUUUUAUCCGAUGCUGAAAUUGAUGAAGCGCUUGCAUGUUCUUUAGAGAAAGACAUGAAGCAAAAGAAGGUCCAUGAUGAGACUUUAGAAUUAUACUUGGUGAAUGAUUCUGAUGAGAAGAAGCAAUCUACCAAAACAAGAUACAUGUCUACACUAAAAUUUGGUAGCGGUGUGCGAAACCUGGCGGAGACUGGUGAUAUCUGUCUUGAAGAUGUGGAUUUCUCGUAUCCAGUGAGGCCUGAUGUGGAAAUCCUUCGUGGUCUUAAUUUAACCCUAAAAUGUGGAACUGUUACAGCUCUGGUGGGACCAAGUGGUGCAGGGAAAAGUACAGUGGUACAGCUAUUGGCACGUUUCUAUGAGCCAACUCGAGGUCGCAUAACUGUUGCAGGAGAAGAUUUGCGAACAUUUGAUAAGAGCGAGUGGGCGCGGGUUGUCUCUCUAGUUAAUCAAGAACCUGUUCUUUUCUCUGUAUCGGUUGGAGAAAAUAUUGCGUAUGCUCUCCCUGAUGAAUAUGUAUCCAAGGAUGACGUGGUAAAGGCAGCCAAGGCUGCCAAUGCGCACGAGUUCAUAAUUACAAUGCCACAGGGUUAUGACACAUUGGUUGGUGAACGUGGUGGUUUAUUGAGUGGUGGACAGAGGCAGCGAAUUGCUAUUGCAAGGGCUCUACUGAAGAAUGCCCCUAUUUUGAUUCUUGAUGAGGCCACUAGUGCUUUAGACACUAUAAGUGAGCGUCUAGUUCAAGAAGCCCUGGACCAUCUGAUGAAGGGACGAACAACUUUGGUUAUUGCUCACAGAUUGAGCACAGUUCAGAGUGCAGAUCAAAUUGCUUUGUGUUCUGAUGGGAAGAUUGCGGAGUUGGGAACACACUUAGAGUUGUUGGAAAGGAAGGGUCAAUAUGCUUCUCUGGUUGAUACUCAGAGGCUCGCAUUUGAAUAAUCAUGAUACUGUGCACUGAAGGAGCAAUUAUUACGGUUCGAGUGUUGAAAGUCUUGUGGAUGGAUGGAUGGACAUAGCAGGAAGUAAAACAGAGGGACAAGUCCUCCCUUUUUCUUUUGGAACACAGCAAAGUAUACAAAGUUUACAUACUACAAACAGCUGAUGUAAAAAUUGGUACAAUUGCAGUAUAUUGUAAAUCUUGUAUCAAUGGACAUUCACGUCCAGGUUCCCAUGAAUUCUACACUUUCUGUAUUACAAAAUCCAUUAUUGAAUGUUCUUUAAC